GGCAACUGGCUGCCGGGCAACUAGCUGCUGGGCCGGGGCCGAGGGCUCUCGGGAUGCGGCCGCCGCUGUCGGCAACGGCGCCGCAGGCCGGGCCCGCGGUGCCGCUGUCGGCGGCGCCGCUGCCCGGCGAGCAGCCUGUCGAGCCUGCGGCGGGCGUCAUCUUUUCGUGCACCGACGCCACUUUUGAGCAGUGCUAUGAGAUGUCGGUGGUGGGGCUGCCGCGCAAGUACCUGCCGCUGGUGGGCUCGAUCGCCGCGGGCCGCACCCUCCUCUUCCUCUUCAACUUUUCGACGCGCGCGAUCCACGGCGUCUACCUCGCGACCUCGGAGGGCACCGAGAACCUGCACCCGGGCGCCUUCACCGCCGGGUCGGCGCGCGACGUGGGCGAGAUGCCUGACGAGGAGGCGGAGAUCAAGCACGUGCUCGAGUACACCGAGCGGCAGCGCUUCCGCUUCAAGCUCUCUCGCUACCAGUGCCGCGACCUGCUCCACGCGAUGGCGCGCAACGAGGCGCGGCUUCGAGCCGACCGCUUGCUCGCCUCGCUGCCCUAGCUUUGGCUGACGUCGACUCGAUGGAGGCGGGCCGGCGGCGGGAGAGAACGUAUACACGCAGCCGGCAGGCCGGCCCGUGGCGCGCGAUGUGGCGCGCUGUGUGUGGUUGCUGUGACCUGUGUUUAGGUAUAUUUGGUCGCGUCUAGGUGUACCUUCAGAGAGUGGAACAUGUACGGCUUAAAUUCGUAUUGUUACAUACCAUACUGUAUGU